UUAUUAAAAUAGAUCUUACACUAAUGAAUGAAUGUAUUGUUGUUCGUCACUUUCUGGGCAUCAAACAGUCAAAGCUGUUGAAUUAAGAGAGAGUAAAAAAUGUCAAACUGGACCUUUCUCCGCCACAGCCGUAGCUGUCAUUCGCGGUUUAAAACGCAGCGUUUUCAAAACAACGAACGUCUAGCAUCGUCGUUCUCCACUUCCGGCGAGGGCCGAGCUGCGAAUGAGAUUCCAGUCCAAGCAGCACCGCCCCCAGUCCGGGUCGAGCUCACCGAGUCAUCCGGGCGAGGAGUGUUCGCGAUUAGGAAAAUUGGCGCCGGAGAGCUCUUACACACAGCCAAACCCCUCGUGUCUUACCCCUCUCUCUCUACCAUCCAAAGGGUCUGUUAUUUCUGUCUCAGAAAGCUUAAAAAUACUGCCAAUGAUCAAUCUCAAAGUGUUGCUUUUUGUAGCGAGAACUGCGAAAAUCAAGCUAAGGUCGUCAUAUUUCGUCACAAAAUGAACUUAUUUCAAACUUUGCUUUAUUUUCAGGCUUUCCUUGGUGUCGAGGUCAAAGCAGAUUGGGUAGCCUUUAAUGACUAUUGCCGGUCUCUUGGUUUAAAAUAUCCACUCCUAGUAAAGCGGUUUGCAUGUAUGGUCAUAUCAGGAGCCGCAUCUGCUAACCUUCUUGACAUACUUCAGCCUGCUAUCUUAUCUCCUCGGAUGACUUCAGAGAUGGAAGAAGGUUUUGGCCUGCUGAAGAGUGCCUUCAAAGUGGCAAAUUUUCCUGAUGAAAAGAUGGCAUUUUUGACCAAGCAAUGGUACACUGGAAUUCUUGCACGGAUUCGAAUUAAUGCAUUUCGUAUUGAGUGUGCUGGAGGACUUAAUGAAGAUCUUCUCCAAUCAGCUGCAGCCUCUGUAGAAACUGAAGCUGCUGUCGGAAAUGCCGUUUAUAUGCUUCCCUCAUUCUAUAAUCACGACUGUGAUCCAAACGCCCACAUCUUAUGGAUAGAGAAUGUAGAUGCAAAAUUGAUGGCUCUGCGUGAUGUGGAGGAAGGUGAAGAACUUCGGAUAUGCUACAUAGAUACUAGUAUGGAUCGCGGUGCUCGUCAAACUUUCCUGUCCCAAGGGUUUGGUUUUCAUUGCACUUGUCUAAGGUGUAUGUCUGGUGAUUAAAAUAUGUAUUUCAGAGACUUAUAUUCAUGGGUAUGCGAGUAGGGAUGAGGCUUUUAUUGGCUUUUGACUUAAUUAUAUUUGGAGUGCUUUUUAGGCACAAGAUAAUAAACAGAGAUCUACGAGCUCCUUUUGGGAUCCUGGCUUUCAAUAUGUUGAGAGAUUUAAUGAUUUCCUCAAGUUGAGUAUCA